AGAUUAUUUAUUGAUACAACAGAGGGAACUCAAAGUAAAUCUUGAGGUGACAGAAGAUACCUGCCAAUUUUGACAUUUUAUACAGCAAGCCACUAAAGAAUCACAGUCCCGAGGACAAGUAUGGACUACUUUUUUGAUGAAAUAGUUUUUUUUUGCAACCCAACCAACAAAGCAAAGUUUCCCUAUUAAUAUAUAUAUAAAAUGGCCAUUGUAGAAAAGAAACGUAAACACAAGGAUGGCUCCGAAAAGAGUUCUAAAAAGAAACAAAAGUCCAUCACAAAGAUUGUCGCUCCCGGUUCACCUGCCAGUUCCGUCACUGUAGCAACACCAACUGCCGCAACCUCUUUCUCUGAAGUGGUUGUUAAAUUAUACCUUCACUUGGCUCCCAUGUGGUCAGGGAAGACAAUGGAAGGUGUCAAUGAACAGUUAAAUGCCUUUUUAAUGAAAUACGUUCCCGAAGUCGACGGUAUUGUUCUCGCACACUCUGACGUUAAAUUCGAUACAGAUAAAGGAAAAAUUCUUUAUGAUUCACCCUUUUGUCAUUUUUUCGUUACUGUCAAACUCCUUGUCUGGAAACCCAAGAGAGGAACAAAACUUGUCGGACGCAUUAAUUUACAGUCAGAGGAUCAUAUUGGUCUUUUAAUUUAUGGAACUUUCAACGCAUCCAUUCCCAAAUCUCGCAUACCUUCUUCUACCUAUGAAUGGAAAAUUAACGAGGAAGAGGCUGUUGUAGAAGAUGCUGUUGAAGCGGAAGAUGAUGCGGUCGUGGAGGAAAGUGCUGAAGGCGAGGAGUCUGUUUCAGAAGAAAGAACUAGAACACAAUAUGGUGAAUGGGUUGAUAAGGAAACUGGUUCUAGCAUUGGUGGUGAUGAUGGGACACUUGAAUUUAACGUUAUGGAUAUCAUUGAAGCAAAUGAUAUCUUGACCGUUACUGGAGCUCUUUAGAUUGUAUAUUUUUCCUAAAAUUUCUUGUCCCACCCAUCUCUUAUUUUUUA